AUGAGUAAGCGGGGUAGUUUACAGGAUAGAGCUUCCCCAUCGGAGGAAACUGUAAAGAAGGCGCAGAAGAGACGGAAACCAAUAAAGUCAUGCGCUUUUUGUAGGAAAAGGAAAUUACGUUGCGACCAGCAGAAGCCAAUGUGCUCAACUUGUAAGACGAGGGGUCGUUCUGGUUGCCUGUAUACAGAGAAAUUCACCCACAAAAUAGAAACAAAAGAGUUAUUUGGCAGUACUCCGAACAUUGAACUGUUGAAAAGGAUUGAGGAUUUAGAGAAAAGACUAGAUGACAAAGAGUUGACGGAGAAGGAUGUAGCGCUUAGUACGAGCCCAUUUAGGAACCCUUACGCUAAUUUUUACUAUUUACAAUGUAAAGGCUCGGGAAGAAGAAUAGUAUAUGGUCCUACAUCUUUGAGAACGCAUCUCUCAAACGAUGAUAAUCGGUUUGUAAACACGUAUAAUCAGCUCUGGUCCAAAGUGAAAAUCGAGAGAAACAGAUGGAAGGCUAGGCAUAAAUGGACAAUGAAGCCAGAAACUCAACUCCUAGAGGGACCGCCGUUAGAAAAGACAGGCUCUGACAUCUUGCAACAGGUUUGUAACGUUUUGCCAUCUUUUGAACAAUCGUCAAAGAUUAUAACAGACUUUUUCAAUACUGAACUGGAAACUAAUGAAGUUAGUGAAGUAUUAGAUAAAACCAAAAUAAUAAACGAUUUCACUUCCUCGUUUCUUCCAAGUGACGAACUGUUACCCAACGGUGAAAGGCGGAUUGAAAAGUUAUUACCAUCGACAAAGAAAAACUAUUAUAAGAUUGGAGUUAUUUUGAUGAUACUGUGUAUUCGCCAUUUCUACAAAAAUACUCCGGAAGAGAUAGAGAAAUUUCUCAUCAUGCUGACGGGACUGUCAACAGCUAAAGUAUAUUUCAUUGAACGCGCUCAAUUUCUCUUAUUGAAAUACUAUCAUCGAGAACUAAUUUGGGCGUGUGGAGACGAUUCGCAUAUGAUUAGUCUAGUUGACUUAUUAUGCAGCACGGCAAUUAUGCUGGGUUUACACUUGAAUAUAAGAGAAAUAUACAAAAAUCAAGAAAAUAUUGUGGGGAGUAUGGAAAGUUUGGAAAAUUUGUGGGUUUGGAUUAUAUUAUCAGAUUUCAAUGUUUCUUUAAAUAUUGGGAGAUGUUUGGCGAUUAACUCAUCCUAUUUUCAAGUCGAUGAAUGCGAGAAUGGUGAGAGGUUGCCUAAAAAUACAAACAAUUAUUCAUCGACGGUUUUUUUCGAUCAGUCAAAUUCCUGCAUGGGCAAGCUUAAAAGGUUUUUAAGAUUAGCUCGACCAAUGCUAGAUCAAAUUUAUGAUAGAAGCGCAUUUCCAGACUUAGCCGAAAAUUGUAAAAAACUAAGAAACUUUGUAGAGACUGAAUUCCACCCAAUAUCAUAUUACACUGACAGUGAGUUAAUAUCUAAAGUUCCUUUGUGCGAGAUUAAAGUGCUUGCGCAGGUUUUGAAUUUGUUGUUGACGUUUUAUUCCUUGAGGUAUUUGAUUUACAAGGAAAAAAGCGUUGUUUUAGAGAACAACAUCCUGCAAACCAUUUUGGUCUCUUUUUCCCUUGUCAUCAAUACGACCAUACUGUGUUUUAACCUAGAUGAGAAGCAUUUUCCUGAGUUUUUUGAUCAUAAUUGCGUUCAUUUACCGCCAUUUAUGGCCUUGUCUUUAGUAUACACAAAUUUCCUUUUUCCUAGGGCCUCUACUGGCUUUUGUGCGUUUUUGUAUCAUAAGUUAACUCUUUUUGAGAAGGGCUAUUAUCUAUCAUCCAACAUCAAAGAUCAAGAAGUCACAGAUUGGGAUUUGUCAACCUUGAAUAUCCCGUUGGAUAAAGCUAUGAACUUACUUACUGCUUUCAAAAUACAUUCAGAUAUAUUUGCUAAAUGGUCUAAUGAUAACAACAAGCAGUUAAGAAUUAUUAUGGCUCGCUCUUAUACAUUUGUUAUCAACAUCGCCCUGGAAAGCAUAUAUAGAGCUGUUUUGGAAAAAGUAAUCAAAUAUAGAACCGAGGUCGAAAACACAUGGUUACAACAACUCCAAGACGAAUUGAAUGGGUCCUAUUCGCUCACUGACAAUGUAAAUACUCCAAUCGAUCCCAGUUUAAGUGACCUGGGCGUCACAAGCGCCAGUCCAUUGGCGGGAAAUUCUCCAGGAUUACCCCCGGAGGAAGUGCGAAAUAACAGCGAAAACGCUUCGCAUAACAAUGAAACUGGGCCAAUUGAGACUGAACUGGCACAGACAAUAUCCAACGAAUUUUGGACGGCGUACAACCUUGGCUGGGAGGAACUAAUGAGUCAGCCAGAUUAUAAAUAUUUAUUUGAUACGCAGUAG